AUGUCUGAAGAAAGAAUUUUCAUUGAAUUGGAUGAUGCAAUGGAGACUAGGUCAUCCCCACCAAGAAAUAAUAGCAAUAUUAAUAAUAAUAUCAAUAAUAAUUAUAACAAUAACUAUAAUAACAAUAAUAAUAAUAAUAAUAAUAAUAAUAAUAAUUAUAAUAAUAAUAAUAAAAAAGAUAUAGUAUCAAAUUGUAAUGAUACAUUAACAAUAGGAGAAUUAACAUCAUCUUCAUCAACAUCAUUAAAUGGAUCACCAAAAACAUCAACAAAUAAUACCACUACCACACCAACUACACCAACUACACCAAUAACAUCAAUGACAACAGCUUCAGCAACAACAACACCAAAUUCUAUUGGACAAUCAACCAAUAAAACACAAGUAGCCACGACAACAAAAACAGCAACAGCAACAACUACGACAACAACAACAGCAACAACAACGACAACAGCAACAGCACCAACACUAAAAACAAUGAGAUUUGAAGUAAAUUUAAAAAGUUUAAGAGGAGAUGUAGAUUAUAAGGAAUUGAUUAAAAAGCAUAUUCAAGAGCAAAACAAAACAAAGAUUAAUAGUGGUUUUUAUAGAGCACCAGGUGCACCAAAUGAUUUGAAAGAAAGUUUUGAAAUUGAAAAAGAACUAAUGACUCAAUUGAAACCAAAGAAUAGACUUACACAGGUUAUUGAUAAAAUUGAACGUAUUAAUACAUUAGGCUCAGCAAUUAAUUACAAUGAAGAUGAUUCACCCUCUUCAGAGGAUCAAUAUGAUGACGAUGAUUCAUUCAUAGACGAUGAAGAGGUACAAGAGUUUGAUGCAGAUUUAGAAACUAGCUUUGGUGGAUUCUUUGUUAACCAAGGUAGUAUCUCUCAUAAAGAAAGACCACUCGAUUAUUAUGAGGAUUAUGAUGAAGAUUAUGAAGAUGAAGAGGAUGAUGAUUAUGAUGAAUAUAGAAAACAAAGCUUAAAUAAUCCUUAUAAAGAAGAUGUUGACGAUGAUGCUAAUAAUAGUAUUGAUAAUGAUACUGAAAAUGAUAAUAAUAAUAAUAAUAAUAUUAACAAUAACAAUAAUAAUAAUAACAAUAAUAGUAAUAAUAGCUAUAAUAGUGUUAAUAAUAAUAGUAGUAGUAAUAAUAGUGUUAAUAAUAAUAUUAGUAAUAAUAAUAAUCAAAAUAAUAAUCAAAAUAGUGGUAUAGUAGAAGAGGAAGAAGAAGAAUAUUUCCAAAGUAGUAAAAGUGAUAGAGAUACUGAUGGUGGAAGUGCACCAUCUUCAACCUCAAAGAAAAGAAAAAUUGGUGAAGAUUCUUUGAGUAUAAAUAAAAAACCAAAACUUGUAUUAUUAGAUAUUCAAUCACCAGAGAUUGAAAAUUUGAUUGUAAAAUUAGAAUCUGAAAUUGAUUCUUGUUUGGCAGCAAAAGAUGAUAUUAAAUUAUUACCAAGAAAAGUUAGUGGAUUAUUAGCACAAUUAUAUGAUAUGUUAAGAAGAACCAAUGCACAAGGAUUUUUACCAGGUAGUGUAUUGGCAAGACUAUCAAUGAAAUGGGGUAUUAAAGAUAAAACUAUUAGAAAUCAUCUAAAGAAAGCAUGGGAGGAAAAUGGUGAAAAAACUCAAAAUAAAUCAUCAAAGAUCAUCGAAAAAUUAAAUGGUCUUAUCAAUUCAUUCGAAGAAUUAAUUAAAAGAGAAUUUAAUGAACAAGUUUCUGCUGCAGUCACUGCUGGUUCAGAUAAACCAACCGAAUACACUUGGGGUAGAGAAGCUAGGGAAAUCAUAUUUGAGAUUGUUAAAACCAAUAAAGAGAUCAUUGAAUUAAAGAAUUCAACCCUAUUAAUUGAAGCAGAGAAAUCUGGUAAACAACCACCUGGUUUAAUAAUUGAGAAAACAUCUAGAGCAAACCUUUACAAAAAAAUCGUUAAUAUGUUGGCUGAGACUGGUAUCACUCCAAAAUCAUUGGCAACUGCCUACACAAGUGUUAGAUCAGUUGAAAGAAAAAAAGAAAAGAAAUUAGAAGAUGCAAAAGCGGCACUUCAAAGUAAUGAACAACAACAACAACAGCAGCAACAACAACAACAGCAACAGCAACAGCAACAGCAACAACAACAACAACAACAGCAACAGCAACAACAGUACCAUAGCAAUAGUAAUAAUAACAAUAGUAAUAUUAAUAAAAACAAUGGUAACAAGCCAUUAAAUAAUACAACUUCAUCUUCAUCUCACUCAUCUAAUAUGGCACCCCCUCCUCCGAUUCAAAUCAAUGGAAGUAGUGGUGGAAGUGGAAGUGUAAAUAUUAAGAGUGAUAAAAGCGAUAGAGAUAGAGAUAGAGAUAGAGAUAGAGAUAGAGACAGAGAUAGAGAUAGAAGUGAUAGAGAUAGAGACAGGGAUAGGGAUAGAAGCCACCAUCAUAAAAGUAGUAGCAGUAGCAGUAGUAGCAGUAGUAGUGGAGACAAAGAAAAAAGAAAAGAAAGAAGUGAUAAAGAUAGAAGUGAUAAGGACAGGGAUAGAAGUCAUAGAAGUGACAAAGAUAAAAGUGAAAGAAGUGAUAGAGAUAAAGGUGAAAGAAGCGACAGAAGUGAUAGAAGUGAUAGAGAUAAAGAGAAAUCAAGAGAAAGAUCCGAAAGAAGCGAUAGAGAUAAAGAAAAGUCAAGAGAUAGAGGAGAAAGAAAAAGUAGUAGUAAUAGUAGUAGCAGUGCCAGUAAUAGCAAUAGUAUUAAUAAUAUUAUUAAUAAUAUUAACAAUAAUAAUAAUAGCAACAACAACCAUAAUAAUAGUAAUAAUAAUAAUAAUAUAAAUAAUAAUAUAAAUAAUAAUAUAAAUAAUAAUAAUUAUAAUAAUAAUAAUAAUAAUAAUAAUAAUAGCAAUUUUAAUAAUAGCAAUGGAAUGAUGAGUGGAGGAAUUUUUAUGAAUCACCAUAAUAAUAAUAAUAACAAUAAUAAUCAAAACAAUAUUCUAAGUGGUAGUAGUAAUAGUAAUAAACAUUCUUCAACAUCACCCUCACCAUCUCAUAGAGAGAGUGAAAAGGAAAGAGAAAGAAGAAAAGAAAAAGAGAGAGAAAAAAGAAAAGAAAAGGAAAGAGAAAGAGAAAGAGAAAAAGAAAGAGAAAGAGAAAAGGAUCUUGGAAAAGAAAAGAAAAUUAAUAUCUCUAUGGAUUCCGAUAUCAUUGAAGAUAUGAUCUCUCAUAAAAAUUUCAAAAAUUAG